AUGGGGGACGGCGGCGCGUCCUCGCCGCUGAACUUCCACAAUGGAACCGGGGACGAGCUGCCGGACGCACCGGGCUCCUCCGCGUCCGAGCAGUGGAUGGCGGGGCUGAGCCUGAUCAUGGCUCUCAUCGUCCUCUCCAUCGUGUUCGGGAACAUCCUGGUGAUCGUGGCCAUCGCCAGGACGCAGCGGCUGCAGACGCUCACCAACGUGUUCAUCGUUUCCCUGGCGAGCGCGGACCUCAUCAUGGGGCUGCUGGUGGUGCCCUUUGGCGCCGCGCUCGAGGUGCGCGGCUCGUGGAUGUACGGCUCCUUCUUCUGCGAGUUUUGGAUCUCCGUGGACGUUCUCUGCGUCACAGCCAGCAUUGAGACCCUGUGCGUAAUCGCCAUAGACAGGUACGUGGCCAUCACCUCGCCUUUCCGCUACCAGAGCCUGCUGACCAAGGCUCGGGCCAAAGCCAUGGUGUGCAUCGUGUGGGCCAUCUCUGCGCUCGUGUCCUUCCUCCCCAUCCUCAUGCACUGGUCCCGGGACAGCGUGGACACCGCCUGCUACGAGGACCCGGAGUGCUGCGACUUCGUCACCAACAGGGCUUACGCCAUCUCCUCGUCCGUCAUCUCUUUUUACAUUCCUCUCCUGGUCAUGCUCUUUGUUUACGCGCGCGUGUACCGGGAGGCGAAGAAGCAGCUGAAGAAGAUCGACAAGUGCGAGGGCAGGUUUCACAACACGCUGACCGGCCUGACCUCCAAGUGCAAGAAGAGGCCGUCCAAGAUCCUGGCGCUCAGGGAGCAGAAGGCUCUCAAGACGCUCGGCAUCAUCAUGGGCACGUUCACCCUGUGCUGGCUGCCCUUCUUCAUCGUCAACGUGGUGCGCGUCUUCAGCGCGGCGGUGGUGGAUAAGGACCUGUUCGUGUUCCUGAACUGGCUGGGCUACGUGAACUCCGCGUUCAACCCCAUCAUCUACUGCCGGAGCCCGGACUUCAGGAAGGCGUUCAAGCGGCUGCUGUGCUGCCCGAGGCAAGCGGACCGCCGGCUGCACGUCAGCUCCUGCGACCUGUCCCGCUACUCCGGCGGCUUCGUGUCCACGCUGGAGCAGGGCGCGCUGGGGCUGUGGCCGGACUGCCCCGGCCUGGACAACAGCGACAGCAGCCUGGGGGCCACUGCGAGCAAGCUGCCUCACUCUGAAUCGCAGGUGUGA